CCGGAGAAGACGACAGCAUGGCGGAAUCUUCAAGCAGUAUUGGUGUACCCAGCAGUCCUCACAGAGCAGAUGGCUUGACGUCAAGUCCAGGAAGGGAUCUGCCACCGUUUGAAGAUGAAACAGAUGCAGUCCUUGGUAACGAUGAUGUGGGAGAGGAGGAAGAAGGGGAAGAAUUGUUUGGUGAUCGAAUGGAACAAGAUUACCGUCCAAUUCCAGCCCUUGAUGUCUAUGAUCCUGCUGCAUUGGAUGAUGAGGACUUUGAUGAGAUGACACCAGAAGCUCGGCAGGAAGCUGAGCGUCUCAUGAGGAAGAGGGACAGAGAAGAAGCUGCUGCAAGAGGAAGACUUCAUAGGGGACUUCUUUAUGAUGAAACUGAUGAAGAAGACGAGGAACAACCAAGACGCAGACGUAGACUUGCAGAAAGGGCUGCUGAUGGUGACAUGCAAGACGAAGAUGAGCUCAUUGAAAGCAUAGAAAACCUUGAAGACAUGAAAGGACAUUCUGUUCGCGAGUGGGUGUCCAUGCAGGCUCCACGCCUUGAGAUCAAGAACAGAUUUAAACAGUUUCUGCGUUCCUUUGUUGAUGACCAAGGAAAAAGUGUGUACAGAGAGAAAAUUUCACAGAUGUGUGAAGCAAACAAACAAAGUCUUGUAAUUGAUUACAACAUUCUUGCCAAUGAGCAGCAAGUUCUGGCAUACUUUCUUCCUGAAGCCCCAUCUGAAGUCCUGCAAAUCUUUGACGAGGGUGCCAAAGAAGUGGUUCUUGCCAUGUUUCCAAACUAUGAUCGUAUAACAAGUGACAUUCAUGUGAGAAUAUCUGAUCUUCCUUUGAUGGAGGAACUUCGAUCAUUAAGGCAACUACACGUGAACCAACUAAUCCGAACUUGUGGUGUGGUCACCAGUAGCACUGGAAUCCUUCCUCAGCUCAGUAUGGUGAAGUAUGACUGUCAGAAGUGCUCCUUUAUUUUGGGGCCUUUCUACCAAUCAGCCAAUCAGGAAGUGAAGCCUGGGUCAUGCCCAGAGUGUCAGUCACGCGGACCUUUUGAGAUAAACAUGGAUCAGACUAUUUAUCAAAACUUCCAAAAAAUCAAGAUUCAAGAGAGCCCCAGUAAAGUUGCCGCAGGCAGACUUCCAAGAUACAAAGAUGUCAUCCUUACUGGUGAUCUAGUGGACAGUUGCAAACCAGGAGAUGAGAUUGAACUCACAGGAAUUUACAGAAUAAACUAUGACACAAGCCUGAAUCGCUCAAAUGGUUUUCCAGUAUUUGCAACAGUGAUAGAAGCCAAUUACAUCACCAAACAGGAUGACAAAUUAGCAGUGACGAGUCUGACUGAUGAUGAUAUCAAGGCAAUCAUCGAGUUGUCAAAAGAGGAGAGAAUUGGUGAAAAGAUUAUCAACAGCAUUGCACCAUCCAUAUAUGGUCAUGAUGACAUUAAGAGAGCGAUUGCUCUUUUGCUGUUUGGAGGCGUGGCCAAAGAUCCAGGUGGAAAGCACAAACUUCGAGGUGACAUCAACAUCCUUCUAUGUGGUGAUCCAGGGACAGCUAAGUCUCAGUUUCUGAAAUAUGUGGAGAAAGCAGCUCAGAGAGCAGUGUUUACAACUGGUCAAGGUGCAUCAGCUGUUGGAUUGACAGCUUAUGUUCAGAGGCAUCCGGUCACUAAAGAAUGGACGCUUGAGGCUGGUGCAUUGGUGUUGGCUGAUAAAGGCGUCUGUUUGAUUGAUGAGUUUGAUAAAAUGAAUGAUGCAGAUCGUACAAGUAUUCAUGAAGCCAUGGAACAGCAGAGCAUAUCAAUCUCCAAAGCUGGCAUUGUGACCUCACUGCAGGCUCGUUGCAGUAUCUUAGCUGCUGCAAAUCCAAUUGGUGGACGUUAUGACCCAUCCAUGACUUUUGCUGAAAAUGUUGAUCUGACUGAGCCAAUCCUUUCUCGUUUUGACAUUCUCUGUGUUGUCAAAGAUACAGUGGAUCCUGUUCAGGAUGAGAUGUUGGCUAGGUUUGUCGUGAACAGUCACGUGAAGCAUCAUCCAAAUGCCGUGAACAGUGAGGAGAAUGAUGACGAGGACACGGAAGAGAUUUCUCCCCUGAGUGGAAAGGAGACUAUUCCGCAAGAGAUGCUGAAAAAGUACAUCAUAUAUGCGCGCGAGAAGAUUAACCCUAAACUGCACAACAUGGACCAGGAUAAAAUCGCCAAAAUGUUUGCUGAAUUAAGAAAGGAGUCAAUGGCCACUGGUUCUAUCCCUAUAACUGUGCGACAUAUCGAAUCCAUGAUCAGAAUGGCUGAAGGACACGCGAAGAUGCACCUGAGGGAAUACGUCACCGAAGAUGACGUCAACAUGGCAAUUAGAGUCAUGUUGGAGAGCUUUAUCGACACCCAGAAGUUCUCUGUUAUGAGGAACAUGAGAAAGGCUUUCUCUCAGUAUCUGGCUUAUCGCCGUGACAAUAAUGAGUUACUCCUGUUCGUAUUGAGGCAGUUGGCCAAAGAACAAUAUACCUUCUCCCGUAGUCGAUAUCGCAGCGAACCCGAUGUGAUUGAAAUUCAAGAAGACGAAUUCACAGACAGGGUCAGGCAAAUAAAUAUCACUAGUUUGGGAUCGUUCUACGAGAGCCCAAUGUUCACAUCUAACAGAUUCAUCCACGACAAGAAACGAAAGCUCAUCAUUCAAACACUGUGAUCUUUUACUUCACGAGAACGCUUGAAUAACCUUAGAUCAGAACUGUUUCGGCACUAUACCAGUCACACACUCCUUUUGGGGUUGACUGGGUUUAUAUGAAAUAGUUGCAUCUUUUCUCAUUCAUGCUGUAAGAGUUGCCAGGAUUUGGCUUCAUCUCGGUUCAAGUUAAGAAGGCUUUCAUUCUAAGGGCUUACUUAUGAAGGAGGCAUUGGUUACUUGAAUAUUUUGGAAGGUGAAAAGUAGCAAUUAGCCUGCGGGUAAGCUCUUAUUGACGGAGGGGCACGCGCCGUUAAGUCUGCGAGAUACAAGCUUGCAAGAGUGCUGUGAGGGGUCUGAAGAACCCCAUCUUGUAAAUUAAGCACUUUCUUUUUGUACAGAUCUUUUGUAUCGGCUGUUUGAAAUAUAAAUUUUCUUGAAACUUU